AUGAUAGGAAGGAAAGGAGUCAUGGAAGAUGAAUCUAAUGCCAGAGCUAAGGAGGAUAAUAAUGCAGAAAUAAGUUGGAAACUAAGAAGUCUUCCACCUGCACAUUACAUCUUUAAGAUUGAAAAUUUGUCUUUGCUUUCCGAUGCAAAAGCCGAGUGCUUCCGCUCUGCUGAUUUUGAAGUUGGCGCCUAUAAAUGGAAGUUAUCGGUGUAUCCUCGAGAAAAUAAGAAAAGAAAUGGAGAUGGACACAUAUCUUUAUAUUUAGUACUCUCCAAUUCUAAUGAACUCACUUUCAAUCAAGAAGUUAACGUAAAUUUCAAGCUGUUCGUGUAUGAUCAUAUUCGCGACAAUUACUGGACUGUUCAAGAUACUGAUGAGAAAGUAAGGCGAUUUCAAGGAAUUAAAAGAGAGUGGGGAUUUGACAAACUUGUUUCCGUCACUGAUUUCAAAGAUGAAUCCAAUGGAUACAUAAUGGAUAACUGUUGCAUUUUUGGUGCCGAGGUUUUUGUCAUAGAUAAUGCUAGUAAAGGUGAGUGCUUGUCCAUGGUGAAGAAGCCUGAAAAAAAUACAUAUAUAUGGACUAUUCAAAAAAUUUCACAAUUGGAUUCGUCAUAUAUCAAAUCCGAAGAGUUUGCCAUCGGUGGUAGUAAAUGGAGAAUACGUCUUUAUCCAAAGGGAAAUUUGAAAACGAAAGUCAAAAGCUUAUCCAUAUUUUUAAGAUUAGAGGAUGAUGCAACUUUUGAGAAUGGAAGAAAGUUAUAUGUGGAAUACAUGUUACGAGUAAGAAACCAAUUUGAGGGAGAACAUUGUGAAAAAGAAGGUCAAUUUGAGUUCGAAUCUAAGGACGGAUGGGGUUUUUCAAAUUUUAUGUCCCUCAAUGAUCUCAAUGACAAAUCAAAGGGCUUCAUUCAUGAUAAUACUUUGAUUGUGGAAGUAGAAAUUCAAGCCAUGACUCUACUUAUUGUGGUGCUGGAAAAUUGGUAG